GCCACUAGUGAGAGCUCGAGCCUAGGGGCGGGCGGGGGGACAACACCUCCUCGGUUCUCAGCCUAUUUCAGGCCAAUGAACCAAUGAGGUGACAAAUAUGGGGACAUUCCAGAAGUUCUGCCUUAGGUGGAACAACCACACUAGUAACUUAUUAGGAACGUUGGGCCAUAUCCUUGCUUCUGAACAACACUCAGAUGUCACUUUAUGCUGUCAGGGGGAAGUAUGGCGAUUACACAAACUAGUGCUGUGUGCAUCCAGUAGUCACUUUGAGAAGUUGCUUGGUGCACUACCACCUGGAAACUCUCCAAUUGUUGUAUUAGAUGGUCCUCACCCACAAGAUGUGGCCUCUCUCAUCCACUUCAUUUACCAUGGGGAGGUGAAUGUUGAUCAGGAGAACCUUGCAUCUCUACUUAGAACAGCAGAAAGUCUCAAGAUAAAAGGACUUGCAGAAGUAUCAUCUGUAACUAGUGGUGGUGAGCAUAAGACUCAAAGUGAUGGAGAGAGCCAAAGACAUCACAUCAGAGGCAGGUCAAGAAUUGGUAAUUGUCAGUCUGGUCCUAUAUAUACUAUAGGGAAUGAGUAUCCUGUAGGGAUGUAUGGCCUUGUUCCACAGAGCGUAUCACCACAUGCUCAAGUACCUGAUCCAUUGGAACGUGACCCAUCACCUCUAAACUUAUCUUUCAGUGGUUCAUUAAAAAAUAUCCAUGAUGAAACACCUCAGGAGAGGCAAGAAAGACGCAAUCGCUUGGAUGACCUUCUUUAUGCUGCUACUGAACGUAGCAAAAAGGAGGAGAGGCGGGAAGCUCGACGAGAGGCAAGAGAGGCAGCUUUGCGUGAAGCUGCUGCAAACCGUGAGUCUUCAGUGAUGAUAACACAAGAUCAAGCUGUUCUUCCCCCCUUAGCGAAACGUGCUAGAACUAUCGAUUCCUCUCGAACUACUGCCCUGCCUGCCCACCCAGCUUUUCAUAUUCCUCUGAUGAAUCUUACACUGCCUCCCAAUGCAUCUGCUUCUCUUGUCACUUCACAAAGUAUUUCAUCAACACACAAUUCUCAUUUACCUGAGACUAUAUCUUUAAAUGAAAAUGCAGCUGUAGUUUUACAAACCCAAGAUAUUCAUCAAGAACAUCUUAAUAAUCAAGAUAUGGAGGCAACUAUUAGAAAAUCUAUCAAGACUGAGAAGAUUGAGGUUUCUAGUGAUAUUAUCAUCAUGGAAGAUGCAGCAGUUAUUAGUGACGAGAGUGAUACCCAGAGUGCACCUGAGACUCCGAGUGACCUAAGCAAUGUUCCUAUAACGCAAGUGUUAAUCCCAGCCACUACUACUACAGCGACUCAAGUAUCCGGUUGUGGAACACUUGAUGACAUUAAUGCCGUAAAUACACUAUCAGCAUGCAGAGUGCAAAUCGUCCCAAGCACUACCAUAAUUGGCACAAAUGGCGUUUCUAUCACUCCUUCGGAAUCCAGUGAAGAAAAAGUGACCCCAUACUUGCACAGCAUCCUACAACAAGUAGCUGAAGGUGGCCCUGGGGCGGAGCCAGCAUCCUCAAACUCUCAAAGAGUUACUAUCAACAUGAGAACUUUUAAGGAGGAAUGGCGGCGGCAGCUUUUGGUAGACUAUGACACGCGCACAAACAUGAGCAUCUGCAUGCUCUGCUUCACCACCUUUAAGUCAUAUGAUGGCCCCAGGAAAAAUACAUAUGUCAAACAUGCAAAACGCUUCCAUCCAUCACUUGAGGAAUAUUCUGAGGAAGAGCGGGACCUCAUUAUCAGCAUGUACGAGAAGUAUCAUAAAUAUGAUGUGGACAUGCAAAAAGAAGUAAAUAAAUCAUACAGAGCUGCAAAUGCCAUAGUGGCACUAGGCAAGAAGGGAGCCAAGCACUGCGACAUUAAUGCAGAGGUAAUAACAGUUAGUGAACUCGGUGCCAAAGUCAGUACAGAAGGAGAAGCUCAAGAGGAAAAUUGUGAAGUUUCUACAGAAGUCAACAGCUUCAAAGAGGAGGAGGUCACAUGUGUCUCAGGUAAGAGUCGUUCCCAUACUCCAGAGAGUGACAUCAGCUUAGAAGCAAAUGAAAAACUCUCCGAGAGUUUUGAUGCAGAAGAUACAAGGGAAAAGUUUGAAAACAAUAACGUGUCUGUACCAGUACCAACAAAACGGAGCCAAAUGAACACUCGAGCUAAAAGUGCUGCAUCUACUGCCACAGUUGCUGUGUGAAUGUAUGUAUUCUAGUUCUGGGCCUCAAUAUAGCAUAAUUUUCACUGAAAAUUUGUUGUAGUUUUCAUGCAACCAGUUCUCACCAUUUGACAAUUGUAAAAUUUUAAGUGGUUUUACCGAACCAAAAGCAUAAAAACCUUGGCAACCCACCUAACCUAUAAAGGCCAAUACUCAUUAGUCUGAGGAAGUGUUGGAAUUGCGGUGCUUUUAAUUUCACUAAAGCACCAAGAUUUUUAUGCUGUGGUCAGUAGCUCAAAAUUGGGGUGCAUUAACUGUGAGGACAGGUCGCUUCAUGAGUGAUAACCCCCAGGGCUUACUUGUGAUACUUACUUAACACCGAAGGCAAGACUUUACACCGUUUUCAGUGCUUCUUAAAAUAUAUACUGUAACUAUAAUUACUCUGCUCUUUCUUGAAUUGAAUUAAGAAGCAUUUUCUACUAAAUUAUUGUAAUCUUUGUUAAUUGUUUUCCUGCCAUUUGAUAACAUAUCACAAACACCAAGAAAUCCGUACAAGCAAGGUGAAUAUUUUAUAAUUUGUGAAGUCGUAUCAACAUUUGUGCUCAAGACUCAAGUUAUAGGUUAUGUCCUUGUUGCAACUGUAGGACUCCUUAGAGGUCAUAAGAUAAAUUUGUAUAUUUUUUAUUAAAAUACAAACGACAACAUUAAUUUUUGGCAACCACUUUUGAACAAGACAUAUUCAUAUUGUAAAAGUUUUAUGAUAGCAGUGGUAUGUAAAAGUUAUAAAGCUGAGUUUCAUGCAAGUCUGUCAAGAUCCUAGGAAAAAUACUGCUUGUGAUGAUUGUCGUGCAAGUUCUUCUGCGUGUGUGCUUCUUCUGGCAAAAGCAACAUAUUGAUUCUUAACCCCUGCACUGUGCACCUGUUUAAUGUGACAACUCUGUCAUGCACACAAAAAAUUAAUUACCAAAAAAGCAAAUUUUCUUAAUAAUAUUGUUAAGAUGCAUUCCAUGAUCAUGGAAAACUAAAAAUAAGUUGUGUGUAGCUUAAUUUGGCUGCAAUGGAGAAAGGAAAAUAGCAAUGGCAUUACUAAUUCACACUCGCUGAUGGAUGAGACUCCCUGGGAAGGUCACCUGAGCCAGGCGGGUUGCAGGAGUUGCUGCGAAUAUAUUUUACUGAUUGAUUUCAGUGUCACCGAAUUGCUUUUUCACUGGAUUUUGCAGUUUCAUCAUGCAAUAGUGUGUAAUUUGAGAAAUAUCUAUAAUAAAUUAUGCAGAACAUCAAUAGAAACAAAAAUAUUUGUGUGACUAAAAUGUGCAUAAUAUUAUAUUCCUUCGACAAUAAAUAUAGUGUACACAUAUGUUACAUAUAACACUCUACAUGUUUAUGCACUGUCUGGAGCCAUUAAAAGCAGGUUAUGUGAGUGAUAAUCACAUAACCACAAUCCAAAGUCAGCCUAGAAUCUACAGAACAUGUAGAUUGUAGAUAUACACAGUUUUAUUUCUGUCACUAAUAUGAGUAUAAUAUUACAGUCUUUGAACAGUAAAACAUAUACAUUUUGCUGUUAUUUCUAUCUACACUUUUAUGCAUCAUAACAAACCUCUAAAGAAUUCUGAUGGGUGUGAUGGUGAAAAUCAAGCAAAGCAUAUCAAUACACAUUAUGAGCAGACAAGGACAACAAACACCACUACUUGACGCAACAAAAUGCCUUCAGUAUACAAUACUAUAUACUACUCACAUUGCAAAAUCUAGCUACAAUACUUGCCAUUAUUAUCAGAUUCUCAGUGAGUGCACCAUUCAUCAAACGAGAUAUCUCAGUAAACAUAGUACAGGGGUUAAAUCAAUUCAUGUCUUUGUCCUAAUGAAACACUUGAGUUAAUUCUCGCUUCAUAUGGUUUUAUUGUGUUAAAGUAAACUUUCAGUCCAUUACAAUAUAUAAAAAUAUAUUUAUUGUUUAAGUAAAAGUAUCAUGUCAAACAGCAAUUUUGUACUGGAGUGAUCUUUUAAUAUGCUGCUAAAAAGCAUUGAAAUGUGAUUGACAGUGGGAGAUAACUGCCCACGAAUACUCCAGAAUAUCUUGUACUGACGUGGAUUCAUCUGCUUUAUUUGUUCUACAAUCUUAAAGUAACUUUUCCACAUGAACAGUGAAUUAUUGUCUAAAUACAGCUAUUUAGAAUUAUUGUCUAAAUAUCAGCUAAAUAUCUGAUAUCUGGAGAGUUGUAUAAAUGUAUGAUGAUAAUGCUUGCAGAAUUUGUGCCAUGUCCAUAUACAGAUAUCAUCUGCAUAUCUUGCACUGGAUAAACAUGUGUGGCCAUAUCAAUUACUUUAGAAUAAUCAUAUCAUGUUGUUACAAACACUAAUUGUUGCCUAGUUUUAGGUAAGUUAUAGUUGGCAUAUUAUGUUGAUUGUAUUUCCAAAAUGUUACAAUUUUAUAUCAUUUUGCCCAAAUGCUGUAAUUUCUUUCUUAGUAUUAUUACAAGAUUGUCUUUCACUAACUUCAGAAAAUGAUAGGAGUGCUGUAUAUUUUUGUGGGCUUCUACAUUUAUUCCAGUAUGUAUAAACAUUACGUUUAAGCACGUAAUCGGUGGCCAAAAGCUGAAUUAAUUUUCUUGUGCCAAAUACAAAGUAAGUUAAGCUUAUGUUUUGUAUUAAUAAAUUGCAAGAAUGCUGUCAACUGUGUUGCAUCUGUGUGUUGUCAAUUAAUUUAUUACUGAUAUGCAAUUUCUCCAAGUUUUUCACAGAACAUAUCGCUACUAUUUAACUCAACAUAUCAUUUUAGCUAAAUUUCAAUACUGCUGUGUGUGUAUAUGUAUGUAUGCAUGUAUGAACAUAUGUAUGAAUGUAUAGUAUAUAUACUAUAUACUGUAUAUACUAUAUAGUGUAUAUAUACUGUAUAUUUACACUUGUUCAUACAUAUGAAAGGUAGUUGACUGGCCUUUGAAUGCCCAUAGAAGCAUCACUUCAAAAAAGGGCAUUUUUUUCUUCCGAGUGUCCUUUGAAGUUGGCUCCUCCUGAGUGUCUCCUCCUAACAUGGCUCCUCCUGAGAUGGCACCUACUAAGAUUGCUCCUCCUGAGGUGGCUCCUCUCAGGGUUGCUCUUCAUGAGGUGGCUCAUCCUGAGGGUGGUUCCUUCUGCGGUGGCUCUUCCCGAGGCAACUCCUCCUGAGGUAACUUCUUCUGAGAUGGCUCCUUCUGAGGUGACUUCUCCUGAGAUGGCUCCUCCUAAGGGGGCUCCUCCUAAAGUUGCUUCUAUCAAGGUGGCUCCUCCUGAGGCUGUUCCUGAGAUGACUCCUUCCAAGGUUGUUCCUCGCAAGGUGGCUCCUCCUGAGAUGACUCCUUCCGAAGUUGUUCCUCCCAAGGUGACUCCUCCUGAGGCUGCUUCUCAUAAGGUGGCCCUUCCCGUGGCUGCUGCUACUAAUGUGGCUCCUCUCGAGGUUGCUCCUACUAAGGUGGCUCCUGAAGUUGCUCCUCCUGAGGUGGCUCCUUCCAAGGUCGUUCCUCUUUAGAUGGCUCCUCCCGAGGUGGCUACUUCCAAGGUGGCUCCUGAGGUGACUCCUCCUGAGGUGACUCCUGCUGAGGUGGGUCCUGAGGUGACUCCUCCUGAGGUGGUUCCUGAAGUGACUCCUCCCGAGGUGGUGGCUCCUGAGGUGACUCCUCCUGAGGUGGUUCCUGAAGUGACUCCUCCCGAGGUGGUGGCUCCUGAGGUGACUCCUCCUGAGGUGGUUCCUGAAGUGACUCCCCCCGAGGUGGUGGCUCCUGAGGUGACUCCUCCUGAGGUGGUUCCUGAAGUGACUCCUCCCGAGGUGGUGGCUCCUGAGGUGGUUCCUGAAGUGACUCCUCCCGAGGUGGUGGCUCCUGAGGUGACUCUUCCCGAGGUGGUUCCUGAGGUGACUCCUCCCGAGGUGGUUCCUGAGGUGACUCCUCUCGAGGUGGCUCUAAUAUUUUGGCCACAUUCGUAGUCUGACUGGAACAGUUUAUUUGAUUUUUAAUUUGUAUAGUUUUCUGUUGUAUAUAAAGAUACCAUUCUUUAUCUUCUGCAACCAUAUUCUCACUAUUCUAUUUAUACUUAUUAAGGCAGCCUAUAUUCUUCUUACAUAUUCUUUAGUAAUUAUUUUAUAUAUAAGGCUAUUUAUCAGAUUAUUGUUGAGAAAUAUUUGUAAAGUUAGAGCCCACAUCUCCUCAGUAGGCACAGUAUCCAAGAGUAGCAUUGUUUGAUGUUGAAUCAACAUACCUUGAGUAUACCUUGAGAUGAUUCCGGGGCUCAGCAACCCUGUAGCCCGGUCCUCAACUAGGCCUCCUGGUUGCUGGAUUGGUCAUCCAGGCUGGUGGACGCAGCUGCUCACAGCCUAAUGUAUGAGUCACAGCCUGGUUGAUCAGGUAUCCUUUGGAGGUGUUUGUCAAGUUCUUUCUUGAACACUGUGAGGGGUUGGCCAGUUUUGCCCCUUAUGGGAAGUGGAAGCGUGAUGAACAGCCUUGGGCCUCUGAUGUUGAUAGAGUUCUCUCUCAGAGUACUUGUUGCCCCUCUGCUUUUCAAUGGGGUAUUCUGCACAUCCUGCCAUGCCUUCUGGUCUCAUGUGGUGUUAUUUCUGAGUGCAGGUUUGCUACCAGGUCCUCUAAUAUUCUUUUUCUCAUUCAACAUUGAAUCAAUAUUGAUGAUGUUGAUUUGCUGUUGAAUUGGCAUUACUCUUGUAUACUGUGACCACUGGAUUAUUAACCUUUUCAAUGCUCCAAUCGGCAUGUGCCAAUUCUCCCAUUUGAUUUGUUAAUUAUGUUUAGUCAUGUGCACCCUCAAUGUAGUACUUAGUACUAAAUGACAAAAAAAGCUGUGCUAUAUCAGGAUUAAGCAUGUCAAAAAUACAUGCCCCAAUCCACAUACAUUAUAUAAAGGCUGGUAGAGGACUUAAAUAAACCACAGGUUUAUUUAUUUUGAUGUAACAGUGAUUGUUACAUCGUCAGAGUAUUAUAAAUGUUGUUGAUAAGAAAAAUGAAACAAUCUCAAACAGUGAGUUGGUGUACAGAACUUCUCAUAUUGACAAGUAGGAACUUAUGUUUAGAAAAGUGUGCCUAUAAGCAUGCAGCUCACAUCUUCAUGUUUCUGUUUAAUAAUCUGGUAAAUGAGCCCCUUCAACUUUUAAAUUACAAAUUCAUCGACAACAUUUUUUCUUAAUAAAGUUUAUAGGUUCUUUCAUUAAAUUUAUUUCUCUUAUAUAUUUCAUAUGAUCGGUUUCCUUUAGUGUUUUCUCUAUUAUUUCCGCAAAUUCUAUAACAGUUUAUGUGAAAGAAUAAAUGCAUUAUAUUUGAGCAGUAUCUCUGGAAAUAAAUGUUUGCAACAGA